AUGCAUUCCUCCAGUUACUUCACUGUUGCACUCAGCUUCCUUACUGUGUUUACCAACGCCGCUCCGACUGAUUUCAAGACCCAAGACAUGUCCAAGGACUGGACCCAUGUCUUCUCCCCUGAGCACUUCAUGUCCUCACUGAUCGAGCCCGGCUCCUCGAUGGCGUCUAUAUCCGUGCCUAGUUGGAUCGGCAUGGGUGACCCAGACAUUCCUCAGAUUCGAGGUGAACUUCGGAACCACUGUCCCUUCUCAGUCUGGGCUCGUCUAUCUAUCGCUGCCAACAACUCCUUUGGGGUGCCCUGCGACCAUGCUGGGGAGACCCAGAUGGUGGAAGUACUACCAGGCCAUAGGUACAAGGCGCCCUUCCCGUGUCAGCUGAACCAGUGUGGUCACAACAUCAAGGUCGCCUACCAUCCCGAGGAUCGCAACGUCUACCAGAUCGAGUACUCCCUGGACCCCCAUGACGGCCGUAUGUGGUAUAAUCUCUCUGCCGAGGACGGUGCGCCAUUCCAGGAUGUUGAGCGCUACCUCGCUGGCUUCGGCCCCACAUGUCCUUUCGUUCACUGCGCGCCUGGCCAGUACGGUAAAGAUCCGGUCCAUGGAUGCGACUGGCCGAUCCAGCCUGUCUGCGCUACUAUCGGUAGCGUUGUCGGAGUGCUUUGUGGUAGGCUGGAGUAG